CAUGGCUGCAGGAUGCGCUCGGAUCCGCAUCGGAUGCGUCUUCCCGCCCCGCUGCCAGCGACGUGCCAGCUGCAGCCUCGGGUCCGCCGCCGUCGUCGUCCGUGCCAGCCGCACGCUCCGGUCCGAGGCUUCUGACACGCGUCUAGCAGGAAGGUCUGUGGGCGUCCCUCUCGAACAGGAGCAUGUCUCUAACGCUCACCCCAAGCAGGAAGCCUUCGUCAGGCCAGCGCAGGCGCUCAGCGGGAACGAGCGGCAGCAGUGCACGAUGCACCCAUGGUGACGUGUCCAGCACCAGCAACUACCCGCUGAAGAUCAAGACGGCGGAGGGAAGCCUCGCACCUCAGAUGUAUGCCGCCACCACGUCGAGGCGUCAAGCAAAGCACACAGUGUGUAGCGACAACCAUGGCAUCAGGCCUCCCACCCCGGAUCAGUACCUCACACCCCUGCAGCAGAAAGAGGUCUGCAUACGUCACCUGCGAGCCAGACUGAGGGACAACGUGGAGAGAUUGCAACACAGGGACUACGAAAUAGACGAGCUGCGGACUCAGCUGUACAGGAUGCAGGAAGACUGGAUCCAAGAGGAAUGCCACCGGGUGGAGGCCCAGCUCGCCCUCAAAGAGGCCCGCAAGGAAAUUCAGCACCUCCAGGAAGUGGUGGAGUCGGUGAGGUCCAACCUGGACCCCCAUCCCAGCCACGAGCCGCACGGCAAGACCCGGGACCCCGGGCCCGGCGGCAGGUCUCGCUCCUGCGGCUGCUCUCCCGCCGGCACUUUGACCCGCGGCAGGCGCCUGAGCGGCGAGGCCCCCCAGACCGAGUCGAGCCGAGCGCCGCGCCACCUGCUGCUGGAGGCGGCGCUGCUGUCGGAGCAGACGCCGCGCCGCGGCCGCGUCAAGGGGACGGCGUCUCCCUCGCCCGCCUGCGACCUUCUGUGCCGGGGGGCCGCCGCGUUGCCCGUCUCGCACUCCUGCCACUCUCUGGGCGCAAGUUGCUACCUCCCUCAUCAUCACUUGUUUCUGCACUUACCUCAGGAGGAGCCCCCGGAAGCGGCGGCCUCGGCUCCGACCCCGGUCGCGGUCCCGAGUCCUCCGGCGGGGAGGAAGCCGGAGGUGCGCUCGCGGGCCUGCAGUCCGACCAUGACCUGGAUUUCCUGCGAGGAAAACGCCGCGGAGGAGCUGAGUGUCAUUUCUGCGGCGUCGGCGGGGGCGAGACCCGCGGAGCUUCUCGUGUUUCCGCCCGAGGACCCCCACGUGUGCCAACCCCGCCCCGCGGCUCCUCUGAGGCAGGGAGUUGCCCUCCCGGACACGGAGGAAGAACCAGGAAGUGAGGAUCCCCCUCAGCGGUGCCACUGGAGCCCGUACUUUCUCGUGGAUCUGUUGGCUUUGGCCGCGCCGGUGGUCCCGACUGUGGCGUGGCUGUGCCGGGGGGCGCCUCGGGACAUCGUGCCCGUCUACCACAUCGGGUCCCUGCUGAGGGGGUGCUGCGCCGUGGCCCUGCACUCGCUCCGGCGGGGGGGCGCCGGCCCAGGACGCGGCCCGGCCGGCGUGAGUGGGACGCCCAUCUGAAUUUCCAUCUCAAUUAGAGCUGCCGGUUGAAAGUUUUUUUUUUUUUUUUUAAUCAGAUUAACCACUUUUUAAAUUUGGAUUCGUCUCGAUUAAUCACAGGCACCAAGUGUGCCACAGAUGAUAUUUUCAAGUUAUCCUUUCAUUUAGUACUCACGCCAAUGGAGGGGUGAGUAUUAAACGGACGACAAAUUUGAGCUUUUCGGCGACAUUUGGUGACUCUUGCAGCAAGCGCACGACGGCGCUUGGAGUUGCCGCUCGGUUGCUUCAAACGUGACGUCCUAAAAACUAUCAAGUGGAACCGCCAAAGUCCACCAAUCUCAUGUCCUCAUUUCCAAAAAAAUGAUGGAAAAACAUAAGCACAGUUAAUGUCACAUGAAAACAAAAUGCUGUUUGUGAGAAGUGACAAUUGAAAUGGUAACUUAUGAAGGAGCUUGUGUGCAGAUGUUUUUCACAAAUUAGAUGUAUACCGUAAUUCCCGGCCUACAGAGCACCCAGAAUGUUUGUCGAGGAAAUACUAUUUGGUACGUACAUACGUACGUCGCAGCCCUGUAAAAGCCGCAAGUGCCCACAUUGAAACAUGAGAUAUUUACAAAGAAAGACGGUGCACAGUUUAACGCUACCACCGCUGUGCUAAAGCUAACACUAGCGCAGCCAUGCUAACAGGGCCGGUUUCAAAAAAAAAAAAAAACACACUGGUAAAAAUCACUUUGACACUGCAGUAACACACUCGCGCAAUGCUAACAGCCGGUAAAAGUCACUUCCUCGGCACAUAUAUUCCACCAGUCUCUCUCUUACCUUUUCCGCAAGAGUGCCCCCUUGCGGAUGUUAGAAAAAAUGCACAAAUUAGUCGAAAUGCGGCAUAAACUGCAGGGUUGAAAGCGUGUGGGGAAAAAAAAAAAUUGCGGUUUAUAGGCCGGAAAUUAGGGUAUCUCCCCCCCCCCCCCACCUCAAAGAGAGGAAGCACUUAUUUUUGCGUUCCCUGUAAGGAGAUAGAUAUGUAGAUUUUAGAUAGCUAGAUAAAUAGUUCAGUACAAUAGGUUUACAUUCAAUAUUUUAGAACUGAUGUCAAACAAUUUUGUGCUAUUUUUAUUUAACGUUUACAUUUGAACGCACUUUGAUUAUUGAAGUGGAGCUUUGCAUUUGCCGAUAAUCCCGAAGCUCCUGUCGGGCGUGACGUCGCAAAUGAGCGUUUGGGUGACUUGUGUGGAAGUGAAUUAGUGCUGCCAGGAUUUGAAUUUGAAAUAUAAAGUGAUCACAUUUUCAAUAGUUGCAUUUCAGUGUCACUUUUCAACGUUAACGAUUCCCCCGUCCGUGCCACCAGGCAGGGUCGCUUCAGAUCAGAACCAAACAGCCAGCCAA